AUGUCUCUCAUAUUUCGUCGUGGAAUUGCUUCAAUGGCUUCAUUAAAGAAAGCGUCUAAGGUUGUUUGCAUUGGGAGGAACUAUGCAGACCAUGUAAAGGAAUUGAACAACCAGAGACCGAAACAGCCAUUCUUCUUCUUGAAGCCCCCUUCUUCGAUCCUCGCCCCGGGAGAAGGACCAGUGAUUAGACCUAGGGGGGUGGACCUGCACUAUGAGGUCGAGCUAGCCUUGAUUAUUGGGAAGCAGGUCAAGAACCUUGAAGCUUCAGAUGAACAGGGAGCCUUGGAUGCUAUAGACAGUUAUGCCCUUAGUAUCGACAUGACCGCGCGCAAUGCCCAGAACGAAGCGAAAAAGAAGGGGCUGCCAUGGGAUAUUGCAAAGGGUUUCGACACCUUCCUCCCAAUCAGCGAGAUAAUUCCGAAAUCUGCAAUCCCCGACCCGCAUAAUGUCGAGAUCUACCUCUCGGUCAACAAUGUGAUCCAGCAAUCGGACUCAACAGAAUUGAUGCUGUUCCAAAUCCCGAGGAUGCUGAGCGAUAUAUCGAAGGUUAUGACACUGGAGAAGGGAGACAUUGUUAUUACAGGCACCCCGAAAGGUGUUGGGCCAGUUGUUCCAGGUGACGUUAUGAGGGCCGGAUUGAAGGUUAAUGGGAAAGAAAUCGAGGCGGCUAAGAUCGAAGUGGCCGUUGAGGAGUCUACCAGCACAUAUGAGUUCCAGGAGACAUAA